CGCCUGCGUAACCCGGCCGGUGGCAGUUCACUUCCUUUUGAACUUCAGCUCACUGGAGCUUCUCAUGGAAACUUGGUGCGUGAGAGAGCAGGAUGAAACUGUACUGUUUAUCUGGUCACCCAACUUUACCAUGCAAUGUUCUGAAGUUCAAGUCUACCACCAUCAUGCUGGACUGUGGGUUGGACAUGACAUCAGCGCUCCACUUCCUGCCUUUACCCCUCGUCCACAGCCCCAGACUAUCUAAGCUACCAGGAUGGAUUUCAAAAGAUGGAAACACCAUUUUAGAAAAGGAGCUGAAAGAUUGUGCUGGGCGAGUGUUUGUUGAUUCUGUACCAGAGUUCUGCUUACCUGAGACGGAGUUGUUGGACUUGUCCACUGUAGAUGUGAUCCUGAUAUCAAAUUAUCACUGCAUGAUGGCUUUGCCCUACAUCACAGAGCACACUGGCUUCACCGGGACAGUGUAUUCAACCGAACCCACAAUGCAGAUCGGAAGGUUACUCAUGGAGGAGCUGGUGACCUUUAUGGAGAGGGUGCCUAAGCCACAGUCUGCCACCUUGUGGAAGAACCAGGAAAUGUUCAGACACUUACCUGCUCCUCUAAAAGAUGCUGUGGAGGUUUUGACUUGGAGACGCUGUUACACAAUGGCAGAGGUCAACUUGGCCCUGAGUAAAGUUCAGCUCGUGGGGUAUUCUCAGAAAAUAGAACUCUUCGGUGCGGUGCAGAUCACCCCCCUCAGCUCGGGCUACUGUCUGGGAAGUUCUAAUUGGAUCAUCCAGUCGCACUACGAGAAAGUGGCCUAUGUCUCGGGGUCCUCGCUGCUCACUACCCACCCACAGCCCAUGGAACAGACUUCCUUGAAAAACAGCGAUGUCCUCAUCCUUACUGGACUCACUCAGAUCCCUACUGCUAACCCCGACGGCAUGCUGGGAGAGUUCUGCAGUAACCUAGCUGUGACCAUUCGAAGUGGGGGAAAUGUCCUGGUUCCAUGCUAUCCUUCUGGUGUGAUAUACGACUUGAUGGAGUGUCUGUACCAGUACAUCGAUUCAGCUGGACUCUCCAGUGUCCCAUUUUACUUCAUCUCUCCUGUAGCUAACAGCUCACUAGAGUUCUCCCAGAUCUUUGCAGAGUGGCUUUGUCACAAUAAGCAGUCAAAAGUCUACCUGCCAGAGCCACCAUUUCCACACGCAGAGCUGAUUCAGACCAACAAGUUGAAGCACUACCCCAGCAUCCAUGGGGAGUUCAGCAAUGACUUCAAGCAGCCCUGCGUGGUGUUCACGGGCCACCCAUCCCUCCGAUUUGGAGAUGUCGUGCACUUUCUGGAGCUGUGGGGCAAAUCCAGCCUCAACACCAUAAUUUUCACAGAGCCAGAUUUCUCCUACUUGGAUGUUUUGGCACCGUACCAGCCACUCUCGAUGAAAUGCGUCUACUGUCCGAUCGACACACGGCUGAACUUCAUCCAAGUUUCAAAGUUAUUGAAGGAGGUGCAGCCGUUGCACGUGGUAUGUCCAGAGCAGUAUACACAGCCUCCUCCAGCCCAGUCCCAUCGUACCGAUCUGAUGAUUGACUGCCAGCCCUCACCAAUGGCCUACCGGAGGAGUGAGGUACUCACCCUCCCCUUCAAACGGCGCUAUGAGAAGAUUGAGCUCAUGCCUGAUCUUGCAGAAUCUCUCGUCCCGUCUGAGAUCAAACCUGGCAUCUCCAUGGCAACUGUAUCUGCGGUCCUGCAGACCAAGGACAACAAGCACAUCCUUCGGUCACUUCCAAGGCCAGUGCAGCAGCCAACCGGCAAGAAGAGGAAACGGAUGAAUGAUGAAAUCCCUGAAUUCAAGCCUCCCAAACCACUGCUGUGUGGUUCAAUCACCAUUGAUCAGUUUGUACAGAGUCUAGAGAAGCAUGGCAUCACUGACGUCAAGGUUGAGGACACGCCAGAAGGACACAUAGUUCAUCUUCAGUCCGAAGACACGCUGAUUCAAAUCGAGGAAGACUCGACGCACAUAAUCUGUGACAACAACGAGCCACUUCGGACCAAACUCCGCGAUUUAGUCCUCAAGUUUCUACAGAAGUUAUGAGCAAUGUACUGACCUUCCUGUAACUUCUGGAUUUGGGGCUCACCCACAGGAACUCUGUACAACCUGUCAGUAGCAGCUGGGGUGCACAGUUGGGAAUGCUAGCUUCUCAAGCCUGAUCCACCAUUCAGUUAGAUAAUGUGUUUUCCAUAGACAGUUCCCGUUAUCUGUCUCGGUAGUACGAGUGAGAUCAUUCGAGUGGAGUAUCACGUUGUCUGUUGGUCCCCAGGUGACUAGAGGCUGUACCUGGAUCCAUGUAACUGGGAUGUCAGGGUGGAUCUCCUUAAUGGAGAAGCCCUGUGCGUGACUGUGACUAACGAAGAGACGCUGAUGCAUGGGCAGCCGCCAUACGGUCCUUAACAGAUCAGGACCAGGGCCCAGUGGCAUGGAAUUCAAGACAACUGGGGACCCUUCACUGCUGCAGGCUUCCUCUGCUGUCAUUGCAUUUUAAAUGGUUUGGCACAGCCUAGAUGGGCUGAAUUGCCUGUUCCUGUGCUGUAUUUUUCUAUGACUCUAUAUGUGAUUAAGUCACAUGAACCAACUGCAGAGCCAAAAAGAGAAACUACUGGGAGCUCUAAGCAAUCAGGCAAUAUCUGUAGAAAGAGAUACCAUGAAUGAUUUGGGCCCAACGAUAGAUCAUAGACACAAAGUGUUAUCUGUUUCUCUUUCCACAGAUGCUGACUGACCUGUGGAAUUCUUCCAGCAUCCGUAGUUCUUUUUUUAUUAUCAACCCAUAAGAGCUGAAUUAGGACGUUCAGCCCAUUAAGUCUACUCAUCAUGUGAUUGAACCCACGGCAGUUAACUGCCGGUUAAUUGGUAACCAACUCGUAACGAAGUGUAUGAAGCAAUACAGCUAUCUUGUUUUCCUUACCGUAUCAGUUCUGCCUCACAGUAAAAUGUAAAAGACUGUUUCUGGAGUAAUUAGGAAUGAGAAAUAACAAAUCCUAUGCUCUCUAUAAUUUAAAACUGAUUAGGUUUCUCUUUUUUCCCCAGUUCUGAAAAAGGGUUUAUGGUCCAAAACCUUACAUUCUCUUCCCACAGAUGUUGUCUGAUAUGCUGUGUGUUUUUUUUCUAUAUUUCUUAGGGUGUUUGUAUUAAAGUACAGUUUCCAUAAAAAGUUUUCUUGCUAAGA